AGGUUUAGGUUUAGGGUUAGGAUUAGGAUUUAGGGUUAGGGUUUAGGGUUAGGGUCAUGAUUUAGGGUUAGGUUUAGGGUUUAGGGUUAUGGUUUUGGAUUUAGGCUUUUGCAGCUCCCGUGUCAGCAGCUACAGUUGCAUUACUUGAAGCCUCCCCAGUUUAGGGUUUAGGGUUUAGGAGAGCUAUUUUUGCACCUCUAUAGAGUUUUAGCGGAUAUGUUAGAAAUGCUCUUAAUAUACAUUCUUGGUAUUCUUCCUUGGGUCUCCCCUAUACACACAGUAAAAUGCUCCGAAUAUCUCCAACUAUAUCUAUGCUUAAUGUAAUUUUAUUGAUGAGAUGUUAGUGAAGAUCCAUUCUCAAGUUCCAGUUCUUGAGCAGGCCAAGCAGGACACUAUUGACAAGGUUUGUGGAAUAGUGAAGAAGCAACUAGCCGUCGCUCAAGACACGCCUGUAAACGGGGAAACAAUGUUCGGCGACCUUGGGGCUGAUUCGCUCAACACGUUUGAAAUUGUGAUGGGUGUCGAGGAGGCAUUCGGUAUCACGGUGGACGAGUCGAGCGCCCAGGAGAUCAAGACGGUGGAGGACGCUGCCACUCUUAUCGAUAAGCUCAUGAAUCGUGAUAGACAAGGAAGGUUGAAAUGACGGCACAUUUUCGUUUCUCCGACAUAGUUUUGAGGGGUGCCCAGUUUAGCCUUUGUUGUUGUAUAUACUUACUCUUUGUAAGCGUGAACCGGCGUGCGCGGUACGAUCCUCCUGGCUAAAAACUAAGUUAGCCGGACUCUAUCUAUAUAUGCAGAGGUUGUCUGUCUGGAUGCUAUCCCGUACUGAAUAAAACAAGGGAACUAGUUCCUCCCUGAGGCAUGAUUGCUGGUCUUCUAUUUGUGUCACUCGAAUGAGUAUGGUUGGAGUACUUCAGAACAAGAACAUUUGUGUCUAUAUACGUCAAUAUAUUCC